AUGGCGGCCCAUGUUCCAAAGCCCCCUGGGUACCUGCAGAUGCUGACCAGCGGGGCGCGGUACUUCAGUGGUCUGGAGGAGGUUGUCUUCCGCAACAUCGAGGCCUGCAAAGAGCUGGCGCAGUCCCUGCAGGCUACCUAUGGGCCGAGUGGCCUCAACAAGCUGGUGGUGAACCACCUGGAGAAGCUGCUGGUGACAGGGGACAGCAGUACGGUGCUGAGGGAGUACCAGAUCGAGCACCCAGCCGCCAACAUGCUGGUGCUGGCCAUGAAGAUGCAGGAGGAGGAGGUGGGUGACGGACGCACCCUGGUACUACUGCUGGCCGGAUCGCUGCUUGACCGGGCGGGCUCCCUGCUCAGGAGCGGCCUCUCUGUGCCUGAGGUGAUUGAGGGUUACCGCCAGGGCUGUCAGAGGGCCCUGGAGGUGCUGGAGGAGCUGAGCUGUGGGCGGCUGGACGACCUCCUGGAUGAGGACGCUGUAGCAGACGCAGUGCGGACCCCCAUCAUGAGCAAGCAGUGCGGCUACGAGGGCACGCUCUCCCGGCUGGUAGCCCGCAGCUGCGUAGUGGUCAGCUCAGGGGGUCAUGGCGUUUUUGACCCCGACCUGGUGAGGGUCUGUAAGGUGCUGGGGGCUGGGGUGGGAGACUCCCUGGUGCUGGGGGGCAUGGCCUUCAAGAAGGAGGCCGAAAGCCUUGUCACGUCCGUGCGGGAUGCCCGGGUGGCGGUCUACAGCUGCCCCUUUGAACUCUCCAGGCCCGAGACCAAGGGCACGGUACUGCUGCAGGGCCCGGUUGACAUGCUGGGCUUUGGCGACGGGGAGGAACGUCUAAUGGAGGCCCAGGUGAGGGGCCUGCUGCAGGCCGGAGUCACCGUGCUGGUGAUCGGGGGCAAGGUAGGGGAGUUGGCCCUACACUACGCCGAUCAGCACCGGUUGAUGGUGGUGAGGCUACACUCCCGGCAUGAGCUGAGCCGUCUGGCCAAGGCGGUGGGAGCCACGCCGCUCCUGAAGCUGGGAACGCCGUCCCAGGAGGAGCUAGGCCGCUGCGACCGUGUGUACCUCCAGGAGGUGGGUGGCACACAGCUGGUGAUCUUCGAGCAGGAGAAGCGAGCACCGGCUGUGGCCACGAUUCUGCUGCGGGGUCCCCUUCAUGGCUUACAGGACCAGCUGGAGGAGGCCAUUCGGGAUGGGGUCAGCACCUACAGGAGCCUGGGCCUAGAUUCCCGCCUGGUGCCGGGAGCCGGAGCCACCGAGGUGGAGCUAGCCUUACAGAUCAGUGCCCACGGGGCCUCGUGCCCUGGUUUGGAACAGUACGCCAUCCAGGAAUACGCCCGCUCCUUCCAGGACAUUGCCGAGGCUCUGGUCCGUAACACCGGAGAGCGUGAGCGGCAGGUCAUCACCCAGCUCUUAGCCACUCACCAGGAGGGCCACCACAACCUAGGCUUCAACAUGGAGCCCGGAGACGCCGAGGUGCUAGACGCAGCCAAGGCCGGGAUCUGGGACUCCCUGCUGGUCAAACGCUCGGCCAUUAGACUCGCCACCAAUGCCGCAGUCACUGUGCUCAGUGUUGACCAGAUCAUCAUGGCCAAGAAAUCCGGUGGGCCCAAACCACGUGGAGAAAACCCCAACUGGGACGAGCCUGCGGAUCACAUCGACUGA